GACCAAGAUUUUGGAUUGACCACACUCACUUGCGAGAUUGAGUGGAGUUGUGUGGUCAUGCAGCUGCUUCUUCAUGUUGUGACUGCGGUGGCGUUGACUGCCGCCUCAGUUCUGGGCAGCAUCCAGUUGACACCCCCUAAACACGAUGCCAUCAAGGCUACGGAGGGGUUGAUUGAACGUCGCCUUGGAAAGGAGUACCUGGAUCAAUUUUCGCUCCACGUCAUUCCAGCCACGACUGAUGGACGCGACGUGUUGGAGAUUGGGUCGAAUGGUGAUAAGGUGGCCAUCAAGGGGUCGAGUGGCACCGCUCUGGGCUACGCCCUUCAUUGGUACUUGAAGCACGUGGUGCACACCCAAACGGACUGGGAAGACCACCAGCUCUAUCUCCCCAAGGCCCUUCCUCGCAUCAACUCUGUCGUACGCGUCGAACGAAGCGCCAAGUACUCGUACUACGAGAACGUGUGUACUGUGAGCUAUUCCCAAUGGACGUGGGGAUGGACAAAGUGGGAAAAGCACAUUGACUGGAUGGCUCUCAAUGGCAUCAACAUGCCCCUGGCGUUCACGGGUCAAGAAAAGGUGUGGCAGUCCACGUUUAUGAAGUUCAAUGUCAGCGACGCGGGACUUGACAAGUUCUUCGCGGGGGCUGCCUUCCUGGCAUGGGGUCGCAUGGGCAACCUCCGCGGCAGUUGGGUGAAAGGGCCGCUGCCCCAGCAAUUCAUAGACGACCAAUUCGACUUGCAAGUCAAGAUCCUCGAUCGCAUGCGCGAAUAUGGGAUGAUUCCUGCCUUGCCGGGCUUUGCAGGGCAUAUUCCCCAGGAAAUCGCCACCAUUUACAAGAACGCGACCAUCUCUCGGUCGCCCAACUGGGGCAAUUUCCCAGACGAGUUCUGCUGCGUGUACAUGUUGGACCCCACCGAUCCCCUCUAUACUUCCAUUGGGCAAACGUUCAUUGCCGAGCAGCGCCGCCUCUACGGUUACACGUCGUCCCUGUACCAAGCAGACACAUACAACGAAAUGGACCCAGCGCAGUCCGACCCCGCGUACUUGGCCAAAGCCUCCAAAGCAGUCAUCGACAGCAUGACGUUGGCCGAUCCGAACGCUGUGUGGCUCAUGCAGGGCUGGCUGUUCUUGAGCGAGUACUGGACGAACGACCGCAUUCAAGCGUAUGUUGGCGGCGUGCCCGACGACAAGCUCAUCAUCCUGGACCUGUACAGCGAGGUCGUGCCAAUUUGGCAAAAGACCCACAAUUACUUUGGCAAAGCGUGGAUUUACUGCGUGCUCCACAACUUUGGCGGCAACAUGGGGCUUCGCGGCGACUUGCCGACGCUGGCGGCGGACCCGGUGGCCGCGCGCAUCGCGUCCAACGGCACGUUGAUUGGCAUUGGGCUUACGAUGGAAGGCAUCUUCCAGAACUACGUCGUGUACGACCUGACUUUGCAAAUGGCGUGGGAGGCCCAGCCCGUGGACUUGAUCACGUGGCUGCCAGAGUUUGUCCACAGUCGGUACCACAUCGACGACGCCAAUGCCAAGCACACGUGGACAACGCUGCUGCAGUCAGUGUACAACGUCACCAAGGUGUUUGGCGGAGUGACCAAGAGCCUUGCGACGAUCCGUCCGCACUGGAAGAUGGUGCAAGAUGGAUUCAUGGGCACCAAGAUCGUGUAUGAUGCCAAGCAGGUGGUCGUGGCGUGGCGCAGCCUUGUGGCGGCCGGCACGUCGUCGCCCGAGCUCAAACUCGUGGACACAUACCUACACGAUGUGGUCGACGUCACCCGUCAGGCACUGAGCGACCUCUUAUACAAACACUACCAAGGUCUGGAGCGAGAUUUCCACAACGAUCACACCCCGUUGAAGCAGAUUCAAGGCCGCGCCCGCGUUAUCCUGGACAUCAUGCAAGACAUGGACCGCAUUCUAGGCACACAUCAAGACUUUUUGCUCGGCAAGUGGCUGUAUGAUGCCAAGGCGUUGGCCGGACACGAUGGCAUGUCUGACCUGAGUUUGUACUACGAGUACGAAGCGCGCAACCAAGUGACCCGGUGGGGCGACGCGAACGGCAACGUGCUGGGCGACUACGCGACCAAACAGUGGGCCGGCCUCGUGUCGUCCUACUACCUGCCGCGGUGGCAGUUUUGGCUCAAGGACGUCGUAGCGGCGUUCGAGCAGCGCCGGCCAGUGGAUGAAGCGGCGGUCCGAAAGGUCACCGAGGCGUUUGAACUCGCGUGGAAUCGGGAGACCAAGUCGUACCCCAUCGCGCCCCAAGGCGACCCGUUGGCUCUGUCUGAGACGCUGUACAACAAGUACAUGCACGUGGCCGUGUUCGAUGCCACGUCGUUCCUGCCGCUGUCUUAAGGUGACACCAUCAAUCAUGUAACACCCUUCAUGUACUGUGUUUAUGUCGGUGAGAUCGCGGAAUUGGAAGCCAUGCAAACGUAGUAAACUAGCGUAUUUCAAGGAAAGAGUAGUACAACUUGUUGAUUGACUUACAUCCCUGGGAUAUGCACUGACCAAC